CACAUCCCCGCAUCCCUGCCUCUAUCUGCCCGCAUCCCUGCCCGCUGCCUGUAUCCCUGACCUGCUCCCUGCCUCUAUCCCUUCCCACUGCCUCUAUCCCUGCCCGUAUCCUUGCAGAGCCCCUGCUCGUGCCCCCGUCCGGCUGCCCAUGCCCCCCCCGUGCCUCCAGCCCCGCUGCCUGGCCGAUUUCUUCUCCUACGAGACCACCAAGUCGGUGGUGGUGAAGAGCUGGGUGGUGGGCGUCGUCAACCGGGUCGUGCAGCUCCUCAUCCUCUCCUACUUCAUCGGCUGGGUGUUCCUGCAUGAGAAGGCCUACCAGGUGCGGGACACUGUCAUCGAGUCCUCGGUGGUGACCAAAGUGAAGGGCAUCGGGAAGUAUGGCAACCGCGUCCUGGACACAGCUGACUACGUCACCCCCCCACAGGGCACUUCGGUGUUCGUGGUGGUCACCAAGCAGAUCCUGACGGAGAAUCAGGAGCAGGGCAUCUGCCCGGAGAGUGAAACCGCAUACCGGUGUGCAUCCAACCGUGACUGUCAGGGGAAGGGCCGCACCACAGGCAGUGGUGAGUUUUGGAGGGGGAUGGAGAUCCUAAAAACCAUGGAGCUUGAGCCCACCCGCAUUAUUGCCACAGGGGUGCUGACGGGACGCUGCGUCCCCUACAAUGUGACCCUGCGCACCUGUGAGAUCCGGGGCUGGUGCCCACCCGAGGUGGACACCGUCGAUGUCCCUGUGAUGCUGGAGGCUGAAAACUUCACCCUCUUCAUCAAGAACAGCAUCCGCUUCCCACUGUUUGGCUUCGAGAAGGCCAACCUGCCUCCCCAGGUCAGUGCAGGAGAGCUGCAGCGCUGCCGCUUCCAUCCUGAGCAGCAGCCGCUGUGCCCCAUCCUGCGGCUGGGCGACGUGGCACGCUUCGCCGGGCAGGACUUCGCCUCGCUGGCUGCCACCGGCGGGGUGCUGGGCAUCAAGAUCGGCUGGGUGUGCGACCUGGACCGCGCCUGGGAGCUGUGCCUGCCCCGCUACUCCUUCACUCGCUUGGACAGUGUCACCCAGCACAGCCCCGGCUCCCCUGGCUACAACUUCAGGCACGCACGGUACUAUCGUGGGCACAACGGCACCGAGCUGCGCACCCUCACCAAGGCCUUUGGCAUCCGCUUCGACGUGUUGGUGUAUGGCAACGCUGGGAAAUUUGGCAUUGUGCCCACCCUCAUCAACACGGUAGCUGCCUUCACCUCCAUCGGCGUGGGCACGGUGCUGUGUGAUAUCAUCCUGCUCAACUUCCUGAAGGGCGCCGAGCACUACAAGGCCCGCAAGUUUGAGGAGGUGCCAGAAGCCAGUGUGCCCCCAGCCCCUGCUAGCCCCACAGGCUGUGUGCCAGGAGCCCUGGGGGACCAGAGCCGGGAGAAGCAGUCCACUGACUCAGGCACCUUCUCCCUGGGCCUCUAGCUCUGGGUGCCAUGGCGCAGUCCCUGUCUGCAUUUGGCCCCAUGAUCUCUCCUCUCCAGAGCCCCGCAGUCCUACUCCUUAACCACACUGUCACUUGGACAGGACAGGGGAGGUGUAUGGGGUGUGAGUGUAACGUGUUCCCGUGCUUCUAUAAGGCCACAGCAUGCAAAGCCCCCAGCCCCAAGGUGAGCAGGAACGGGGACAGUGGGGGG